CGGCCGGCCGAGCCCCGCCGAGCCCCGCCGAAGCCCGAGCCCACCCGAGUGCGCCCGAGCCCGCGGUCCCCGCCCGGGGCGAUGGAGCCGGAGUUUGGUGGGGAGGCUGCUGCGCUCCUGCGGCAGAAGAGGGCGGCGCUGCGGCGCAGGGGGUGCAGCUUCGAGAGCCCCAGUACAGCACUCCAGCCUCCAGGCCCGCCGAUGGAUCCGCUGACGAAGGGGUCCUGCGGGGGUCAGGUCGCACACUCCCUUCUGUGGAAAGCAAAGUCAUCUCUCUCCUUUGGCAUCCAGUCCCUUCAGCCAUGGCCAACAAAAGACCCUGAAGUAGAGUCCCAGGUCAACCUCUCUGUCUCAGAAGACCUAGGCUGUAGACGUGGGGACUUCAGUAGGAAGCAUUAUGGAUCUGUGGAGCUGCUUAUUUCCAGUGACGCUGAUGGAGCUAUCCAAAGGGCUGGACGAUUCCGAGUGGAGAAUGGCUCUUCCGACGAGAAUGCAAGCGCUCUGCCAGGUACUUGGAGAAGAACAGAUGUGCACUUGGAGAACCCAGAAUACCACACCAGGUGGUACUUCAAGUAUUUUUUAGGACAAGUCCAUCAGAAUUACAUUGGAAACGACGCAGAGAAGAGCCCCUUCUUCUUGUCCGUGACCCUUUCGGACCAAAACAAUCAGCGCGUCCCUCAGUACCGUGCAAUUCUUUGGAGGAAAACCGGUACCCAGAAAAUAUGCCUUCCCUACAGUCCCACCAAGACUCUCUCCGUGAAGUCCAUUUUAAGUGCCAUGGAUCUGGACAAAUUCGAGAAGGGCCCCAGGGAAAUUUUUCAUCCUGAGAUACAGAAGGACCUGCUGGUUCUGGAAGAACAAGAGGGCUCUGUGAAUUUCAAGUUCGGAGUUCUUUAUGCCAAAGACGGGCAGCUCACCGAUGAUGAGAUGUUCAGCAAUGAAAUUGGAAGUGAUGCUUUUCAAAAGUUUUUAAACCUCCUGGGUGACACCGUCACUCUAAAGGGCUGGACAGGCUACCGCGGCGGUCUGGACACCAAAAACGAUACCACAGGGAUCCAUUCGGUUUAUACUGUAUACCAAGGGCACGAGAUCAUGUUUCACGUCUCCACCAUGUUGCCGUAUUCCAAAGAGAACAAACAGCAGGUGGAAAGGAAGCGCCACAUCGGGAAUGACAUCGUCACCAUUGUGUUCCAGGAAGGGGAGGAGCCCUCUCCUGCCUUCAAGCCUUCCAUGAUCCGCUCCCAUUUCACUCAUAUUUUUGCCUUAGUGAGGUACGAUCCACAAAAUGACAAUUACCGGCUGAAAAUAUUUUCGGAAGAAAGCGUGCCGCUCUUUGGCCCACCCUUGCCAUCCCCACCGGUGUUUACAGACCGCCAGGAAUUCAGGGACUUUUUGCUAGUGAAACUAAUUAACGGUGAAAAAGCCACUCUGGAAACCCCAACGUUCGCCCAGAAGCGCCGGCGUACACUGGACAUGCUGAUCCGAUCUCUAUACCAGGAUCUGAUGCCAGAUGUACAUAAGAACAUGCUUAACAGACGAUCUUUUAGUGACGUCCUGCCAGAGUCGCCCAAGUCGGCGCGGAAGAAAGAGGAGGCCCGCCAGGCCGAGUUUGUUAGAAUAGGGCAGGCACUAAAACUGAAAUCCAUCGUGAGAGUGGAUGCUCCACCCAGCUUGGUGGCCUCAGGGAUCUGCAAAAAGGAGCCCUGGGAGCCCCAGUGUUUCUACAGCCACUUCCCCCAUGAAGCCGUGUGUGCAGACCCCUGGGGCCAGGCCUUGCUGGUCUCCACGGAUGCUGGCGUCUUGCUAGUGGAUGACGACCUCCUGUCCGUGCCGGUGUUUGACAGGACGCUGCCGGUCAAGCAGAUGCACGUGCUCGAGGCUCUGGACCUCCUGAUUCUCAGAGCGGACAAAGGGAAGGAUGCGCGUCUCUUCGUCUUCAGGCUGAGCGCCGUGCAGAAGGGCGUCGAGGGCAAGCAGGCCGCGCGGAGCAGGUGCGACUGCAGGGAGAACAAGCUGGAGAAAACCAAAGGCUGCCACCUGUAUGCCAUCAACACGCACCACAGCAGAGAGCUGAGGGUCGUCGUCGCCAUUCGGAACAAACUGCUUCUGAUCACGAGGAAACACAGCAAGCUGGGCGGGGUGACCGACCCCUCCCCGUUGUCCCCCCUGUCGGAGUCCCCUGUCGAAGAAUUCCAGUACAUCCGGGAGAUCUGUCUGUCUGAUUCUCCCGUGGUGAUGACCUUAGUGGACGGGCCAACGGAAGAGAGUGACAAUCUCAUCUGCGUGGCUUAUCGACACCAGUUCGACGUGGUGAACGAGAGCACAGGAGAGGCCUUCCGGCUGCACCACGUGGAGGCCAGCAGGGUUCAUUUUGUCGCAGCUAUUGAUGUGUACGAGGACGGGGAGGCCGGGCUGCUCCUGUGUUACAACUACAGUUGCAUCUAUAAAAAAGUUUGUCCGUUUAACGGGGGCUCUUUUCUGGUUCAACCCUCUGCGUCAGAUUUCCAGUUCUGUUGGAACCAGGCUCCUUGCGCGAUCGUCUGCGCUUUCCCGUACCUCCUGGCCUUCACCACCGACUCCAUCGAGAUCCGCCUGGUGGUGAACGGGAACCUGGUCCACACGGCUGUUGUGCCGCAGCUGCAGCUCGUGGCCUCCCGGUCGGACAUAUACUUCACAGCCACCGCGGCCGAGCACGAGGGCCGGUCUGCGGGCAGCUCCAAGGCCGCCAGUGCCCACAACUCUCCCCAGACGCCGCCAGGCCGAGAUGCUGCCGUGUCUCCUUCUUCCCUGGGGGAAGGCGAAAUUCAGUCAAAAAAUCUGUACAAGAUUCCACUCAGAAACCUGGUCGGCAGAAGCAUCGAGCGGCCUUUGAAGUCGCCCUUAGUCUCCAAGGUCAUCACCCCACCCACCUCCAUCAGCGUGGGCAUUGCGGCCAUCCCUGUCACUCACUCCCUGUCCCUGUCCCGGAUGGAGAUUAAAGAAAUAGCGAGCAGGACCCGCAGGGAACUGCUGGGCCUCUCCGACGAAGGCGGACCCAGGCCGGAAGGAACACCGAAGGCCAAAUCCAAAGCCCGGAAGCGGUUAGAAGAAAGCCAGGGAGGUCCCACACCAGGGGCAGUGAGGUCAACUAGCAGCGACAGGCUCACGUCGGGCUCCUUGGAAAGCCCCUCUGCUGCCGAAGCCAAUCCCGAGGGGCCUUGCCAGUCAGCAGGCUCCGACCAGGACCCUGGGGCAGACAGAGAAGGGAGCCCCGUCUGGGGCAGCAGCCCCUUCCAGCUCACGGCCUCCUCGGACGAAGACACUAUUGACUUGAAGUGAACAGAGCGCGAGUGGAGUUUGCCACCUUUAACUUUCUUACGGAGGUUUAUACUCUUGAACCAGUGCAGACACCCUUUCUCAACGAAAUGCGGCUUUGAGCCUGUCGAGAUCUAGUGGACCAAACCUUUGCACCCUCGGCCAGUCUGGGUCACUCUCUAGCGUCCAGUGCCAUCUCUCUCAACCUCUGUUUCUUUCUGUUCAGGAGCCAUCCGUCCCCUUGUAAUACAGGUGGUAGAUUUCACUGAGGUUUUAGAUUGAAACUUUGAAUAAAUCAAAAAAUGUUCA